AUGUCCACACACCGUGAGAGUGCUCAAGCAUUAGUCCGGCGCCUUAACGCCCCACACGUGUGCCUGCAGCCCACAAUCCUUCACAACGCCACGGGAAGUGGCUUAAAGAGGGGUGAUGUCCUUGUUGUGGGUGGUAUGGCGGGAAGCGGCAAAUCUCACUGGGCGAGUCGUGUUGCAGCUUCGCAUCUCAGCAAAGGCGGUGCGGUGACCUUUUUAUUCGCCCCUGGUGGCGCAGGUUUCAAUAUGCGGCGGUUCAUGGAGCAUCUGGAGGCCGUUUCAGGCGGGAGCACGCACCCAGGUACACCGAGUGGUUGGUGUGGAGUUGGAAACGGCAGUGACAACUUCGUGGUGGGAGACGGAAUUGACAGAGUUGAUGGCGCUGUGUCUUCUUGUGACAGUGAAGUCCGGCGAGGGGUGUUGCUUGAGGCCCUUAAUCGACUUACAGUAGUGCACUGCAUGGAUGUGAAUGAUCUGGCAGUUUUUUGCAUGCACGGCAGGGCAACUGCCGUAACGGAGUUGUGCGAGGCAGUUCCCCUUGUAGUUGUUGAGUGUGGUUAUGGCAGAGGCGGCUAUCUGCACCACUUUGAGCGUGCGGUGGGUCAUCAGGUGCCGUUAUGCCAUUGGCUGUUUGGAUGUCUGCAACGUCGUUGGCGUUGUGCUCUUAUUCUCGUUGAAGAAUGGGGCACCGCUUCCAUUGAUUGUGUAGACACCGCGACCUCCACGAGACAUAGUCACACGAACACCCACAUAGUCAGUGGGAUGGAUGAACUUAGUUAUCUUGUGGAGCGUGAAUCUGAAAUUCUGCGCGCUGUGCAAGUGGAUGCGGCUUCGUGGAAUGACGCAAGAAGAGGAUCAACCCUCAGUCUCGGAGGGCCCUGUGGAAAGUCACUAGGAUCAGUUACUACGCCGUCAACUCCUGCUGUCGGAAGCACCAACACUGAAUUGUGCUUUUCACUUAACGUGGGCAACGCCAUUUCUUCCCCCUCGCUUCAGACUUCUCUCUCAGCCUGCGGGAACAUAUCACGGGGACAACCGGGAGGGUCGUUCAAUUUCAACGGCACCUCGCGGUUUUAUUAUCUCUAUAUUCAAAGUGUUCCGGCAGACAGGUCACCUCCGUCGAUGACACGGAGCAAUGUGUUGGUUGGGCGCCUCCUCCAAUGGCGUAGGGAUGAACUUUCCACAACUGAUCCCAACAUUGUUGGUUCUAUAGAAGUUUUGUCUGAACAGCAGCGGCGGCAGAAGCGUGCAAAAGCUCCUCGUCUACGUGGUGAUGUGCUUUGUGGUGUUCAGCUAUGA